GUAACAUUCAAUGGAACUCCGGGCGCUCCUUCUAUAUAUCGUGGCAGUCCAUCCCCAGAAGUCGAAGCCGCUUGGAAUAAUAUAGCUGUCGAUGGUUCGCCAGUUCGCAUGACGCUUGAGGAAUUGCUCAGAACAGGGGAGAAACCUUCUCCCGAUAUGGCUAGAUAUCCAGAUGCAUAUGGCGGAGGUUAUAUGGCAUCGAUUGAAAGCAAUCACAUGCUCCAUUGCCUAAACAUGCUUCGCAAAGUCACCUGGGGUGACCACUAUGGACCCUCUGGGAAUGAUGUCCACGAAUCCCCCGAAUACUUCCGCAUUCAUCUCGACCACUGCAUCGAAUUGCUCAGGCAGUACAUCUUGUGUCAUAGUGACGUGGUCAUGAUCAGUUACGAUUGGGAGCGAUCCGACGCUUUUUUUCCCAAUUUCAACGUUCGCCAUCAAUGCAGAGACUUCGAAAAGAUCUUGGAUUGGGUAGAUGAGCAUCGCGUUGUUAUCCCUAAAUCCGAGAUGGUUCGCUUGGAGGAUACUGUCGACUUGCUUUCCCCUCCUUGA